UGUGGCAGGCGGGGUGUCGGGGGGGGGUCUCUCUGUGCCUCCGCGCUGAUGGGCUCAGCUUUAUCCAGGGUUGUAAUCCCCCCUGCUCCGGUAAUUAAAAACUCCGCAUUACAAGGAAAACGGUGUGCAGGGAAAUGUAAUCAAGUCUGGAGGGGCUUAACCAUCUGGUAAAGGUUAGGACCGGCACGGCGGGGGACGCGGCAGGGGGAUUUGGCAGCCGCUGCUAUCCGGGCUCCUCUUAAUCUACCGCGGUGCCAAGCGCAGCAUCUGCGGGGUAAUACCGGUGCCCCGGGAAGCGAUCGGUCUCGCUGGAGCUCGCACCGCCGUUAACGGGACCUCCCCGGGGCUAGCCCCCUCCCCAGGUGCGUUCAGCUCCGGUGAACCGGUUCUGCUGUGGCUCCGGGGCGAGAAUUAUAUCUCCUCCUCGGAGCCGGCAGGGAACGGGUUAAGUGGGAGCCGGUGGUCGCGGCUCGGCUCCCCCCAGCUCCGGGCAGAGCCCUCCCCCGCCUGCCUCGGGAGCCCGAACUCGCUGGAAGUGCAGGAGGGAGCAAAGGCGAGGAGGGACCGGGGAGGGCGGCGGCACCAUGGGGGCCAGGGGCGGCUUCAGGCUGGGGCAGCUCUUCCUCCACUCCCUCCUCUUCCUGCUGCUGGCCGGGCCCCCGGCGCCGCGCCCGGCGGGAGGGCAGCUGCGCUACGCCGUGCCGGAGGAGCUGGAGCACGGAGCCUUCGUGGCCAAUCUGGGUGAGGACCUGGGGCUGGACCUGUCCACUCUGUCAGCGCGGCGGUUCCGCAUCGUGUCACGGGCCGGAGCCAGGCAGCACCUGGAGGUGAACCUGGAGAACGGGAUCCUUUUCGUGAACGAGAGGAUUGACCGGGAGGAGGUGUGCGAGGCGGGGGGGACCUGCCUGCUCCACCUGCAGCUCCUCGUCGAGAGCCCGCUGGAGCUCUACCGCGUCGAGGUGGAGGUGCUGGACAUCAACGACCACGCACCCACCUUUCCCUGGCAAGAGUAUGUGCUGGAGGUGGCCGAGUCCGCUGUGCUUGGUGCCCGCUUCCCACUGGAGAGCGCCCAGGAUCCUGACGUGGGCACCAACUCUGUGCGCACCUACCGCCUCAGCCCCAACGGCUUCUUCUCACUCGAGGUGCAGACACGCAGCGACACCAGCAAGUUUGCAGAGCUGGUGCUGGAGCGCGCCCUCGACCGCGAGCAGCAACGCACCCACCGGCUGCUCCUCACUGCUCUUGAUGGAGGUGUCCCCGAGCGCUCGGGCGCAGCUCACAUCCUCAUCACGGUGCUGGAUGCCAAUGACAACGUGCCUGUCUUUGACCAGCCCUCAUAUGGUGUCAGCCUUCCUGAGGAUGCCCCUGCUGGCACGCUGGUCAUCCAGCUCAAUGCCACUGACCUGGAUGAAGGCCCCAAUGGGGAGAUUGAGUACUCUUUCAGUGGGCACGCACCACUGCGCGUCCGGGAGCUCUUCCACAUAGAGCCCCAGAGCGGGCAGGUGCUGCUGAAGGGCCCUCUGGACUAUGAACGAACAAGCCUCCAUGAGCUCUAUGUGCAAGCCAAGGACCGUGGACCCUCAGCUGUGGCUGUGCACUGCAGGGUGCUUGUGCACCUCCUCGAUGUGAAUGACAAUGCACCAGAAGUGACCCUCACCUCUGUGUCCACACCAGUGCUGGAGGAUGCCCCACCAGGCACUGUUAUUGCUGUCAUCAGCGUUAUGGACCGAGACUCUGGGGACAAUGGGCGUGUGAGCUGUGAGGUCAGCCCUGAUGUACCCUUCGAGCUCCGCUCCUCCUUCCGCAACUACUACACACUGGUGACCACACUGGCACUGGACCGGGAGGUUGUGCCUGAGUACAACAUAAGCAUCACCGCCCGGGACAUGGGCUCCCCUGCCCUGCUCACCCGCAGCACCCUCACUGUCCCAGUGUCCGAUGUGAACGACAACGCCCCACACUUCCUCCAGCCAUCCUACAGUGUCUAUGUGAUGGAGAACAACGCACCAGGUGCCUCCAUCUGCUCUGUCAGCGCAUUGGACCCCGACUGCCAACAAAAUGCCUACCUGUCCUACUCCAUUGCUGAUGGGCACAUCCAUGGCAUGCCGGUGGGCACCUACGUGUCUAUCAACUCAGACAGUGGGCACAUGUAUGCCCUGCGCUCCCUCGAUUAUGAGCAGAUCCGCAGCUUCCAGAUCCAGGUGCAAGCGCAGGAUGCGGGUUUCCCCCCACUGAGUGCCAACGUCACUGUCCACAUCUUUGUGCUGGACCAGAAUGACAACGCUCCAGUCAUUGUUUCCCCCAUGCCACGCAACGGCUCCGUGGCCACGGAGCUGGUGCCGCGUUCAGCCAGGCCUGGCUACCUCGUGGGCACGGUGUCAGCGGUGGAUGCAGAUGCAGGGCUGAACUCCCGCCUCUCCUACCAACUCCUCCAGGCCACUGACUUCACCCUCUUCAGCAUGGCACCAGACACGGGCGAGCUGCGCACCCUCCGCUCCUUUCUGGAGCAGGAUGCGACCCGGCAGCAGCUGGUGGUGCAGGUGAGGGACGGGGGACAGCCAGCCCUCUCUGCCACCAUGUCCCUCCUGCUUUCUGUGGUAGAGACCAUGCCUCAGACUUUCUCUGGCUUCAGCGAGUUCAGCCUCCCCACGGAGCCUUCCUCAUCCUCCCCACUCACCCUCUACCUUCUCGUCUCCCUGGGCUCUAUCUCCUUCACCUUCCUCCUUGCCAUCCUCAUCCUCACAGCCAUUCGGUGCCGUGGAGAGCGGUGCUCCCAUGGAGGUGGUGGUUGCUUACCACCCUGCUGCGGCUGCUGCCCCGGCUCCAGACCCUCCUCUGAUGGCCUGAAGACAUCAAACCUGACAGCACAGCCCCCUGCAGGGACCACGGCUGCCACCUGCCUCGACAUGCCUGGAGGUGGUCCCCCGGGCUACUGCUACAAGGUCUGCCUUGGUCCUGAGUCUGCACAGAGUGACUUCAUGUUCCUCAAACCCUGCACCCCCCCGCGGAACAAUGAGAAGGACUCUGGGAAGCGGUCUCAGCCAGGCCAGCAUCUCCAGGUCUCAAAGCAGAUCAAACAGCCCAACACAGACUGGCUGACCCCAAGCAUGCAGCGACCUGCCCUGAAAAGCUCCCAGAGCCUGGAGGACAUGGGGGAAAUCCGUAAAGCCCUCCAGAAGGAGCACGAGAGGCUGUGCACACUGGUGACUCCUGUCUCUGAGUUUCAGAAGGCUUCAGCAGGCACCAACAGCAUCUGGACACCCCAGUACAGCCCCUUGUACCCAGGGCACAUCCCACCCCUGGAUUACCAGCACAAUGUCUACAUCCCUGGCACCCCUACUCUUCUUUCCAGCAAGGAUGGGCCUCUCUACCUGGGCCGGGAGAACAAGAACAGCUUCUCCACCUUUGGCAAGAGGAAGAAGAUGACAACUUACUGUGACAUGCAUGACAAUGUGGUUAUCAACAACGACCUGAAAUAGGGACCAGAGCUGGGCCUGGGUGGCACUGCUCCACACUCUGGGUAUCACUGACAUUUCAGCUGCCAGGUCUACCCGCAGCACACAGCAUGUAUGGACCACUCAGGACUUUGGGGGGCUUCUGGGAUAGAGCUCACCAGGAGUGUGGGGAAAGGAUUUAAGGAGCAAGAGACUAAAAAGUGAUGGGGGACAUCAUUUCCCCCAUCUCAUCCUGCAGAGCUGUGUUGGCAGCAGGUGCUAUUGGGGGUCCAUAUGACCAGAUCAAAGCAAAUCUGCCUUGAGUUUACCCAUUACCACGUCCCCUUAGGGACUGUCCAUCUCUGUAAACAUUGUCAAUUCUUUGUCUUGUCUGGCUGUGAAUGUACUGAGCUGCAUGCCUGUAUUUCUGUCCCAGUAGGCAUGGAAAAUGUAUGCAGACCAAGCCUAGUUCAGUCAAGCCUGACCAUAAAUACUAGGACAGCAACCAUUGCUUUGUCCCUGAGAUCUAGUGGGAUGUGUUGCAUGUCCAGAGCAGCUUUUGGUGUCUGUCUUCUGUGGGAAGUGAAUGCAAACCCCAGCAAGUAUGGGUGCUUCUUUUCAAACCCUGAUCCAACCCUUUCUGGGUUGGAGAUCCAAAUCCAGUACACAACCAGGAUCCAGGACACAGCCAGUCUGCUUCAGGAACAGCAGGGGCUGAGCACACACAGAUUGGAUGGCCAGAACUGUCAGCUUAAGCAGCUGAGAGAUGCACCAGGUGAGACCCUGCUGGGUAACACUCUACCCCAAGGCAACAUCAUCUGGACAAAAGACAGUUUCCAGCCAUCAGAGGUGCCCAGCAGAGGUGACAUCCUCUUCCCUCCUCCCCUUGCCCUCACCCUCACUGGGAUGUCUGUUCUCCCCAGGUCCUGAAUGCUUGGGGGACCCCCUGCACUGGGGGCCCCACCUGUAUAGGGCAGACAUCUACUGUGCCCUGCUUCUCUUUAAGGACUCUUAUCUGGCUCUCAGAACCCCUCCAGGGCAGGAAUCCAGCCCCAGAAGAGCCUCUCCCCUGCCCUGACCACCCUACACCUGUCCACCCAGUCUGUCUGACACCAUUGCCAAUCGCUGCUGUCACAGGACAGUUCAUUUCCAAUCUGUGCAGAACACAACAGCUCUUUCUCAACCAAGUUUGCUUCACGAUGUCUGAUUUGUACCAAUAAAUUGUAUUUUAAUAGCUCA